GGCGGAAAUCCAGCACAGGGACGCAACGUACGCGCAUAAGUAAAUAAAUAUACAUAUAAGUACACCAAAAAGUAAAGGCUUAUAUAUUUUUUCCAAAUUCAUUGCUAUUCAGUUGAAUUUCACAAUUUUUACGUUGAUUGCGCUCGUCCUCUUUUUACCCAAACAAGGGUUAAUGCCCAAUUUUUAUUUGUGCCUAUUUUGGAAUAACCCCUGGUUCACCAGAUAAGGGCUCAUGUUCAUCUCGACAAAAAGGAUUGCUCGAAAAUGGAUUCAGCGAAAAUUCACUUAGAAAUAAAUGCGGGGAAGUGUAUUUAUGAUGGCAAGACAGUGAAGCCCGAUAACCGAAAGGGCAAACUUGUCCUUUAUAAGAUCUGCGACAAUCUGUACAACUUCCAGUGGAUCAACAGGGAAAAUAACAAAGUUGAGGACAAUUUAAUUUUAACCAAAAGCAUAUCCCUCGAAAGAGUUGAGCAGUGCAAAACUGGGCGGGUGUAUCUCCUCAGGAACAAAUUGAGAGGAGAGGUGUCCUUUUAUUGGAUGCAGGACUAUGACGAUUCGAAGGAUGAGGUGUUCGUGAAGAAAUUCAACUCCAUCAUAGCAAACGAUUUGUCCAAAGAUAUUGGGAGCAAAAGGAGGUAUAACCCAAAUGACUACUCGUCUGGGCUGUCAGACUUGCUAUUUGCGCACAACAGAAAUUUGCAGGGCGUCGACUCGAAGAAGGCGGUCUCCUUUAAGGACUUCUUUGUGAGCGAACAUUUUUCCAAACUGCUCGAAAUAUCGGAGGCCUACGAGGAACUGAAAAUGCACAUGCCGGCUGGGUAUCAGGGCAAGAACGACAUCAUGGACUUAAUCAAUACCAGAGCUUUGAACCCCAACUUGAAGUCGCUCGACAUGUCCCUGCCCUCCCACCUGAAUUUCAUCUUGAUGUCCCUGAACUUACCCCCACCAGAAGGCAACAUCAGCGACCCAAUGGAGUACUUAGUUGAAGCGUUGGAAAAUAAAUAUAAAAAGGAAGAAAACAACUGA